CGGUCCGCCUCUCUCUGGCGGUUCAGCACCGGGCACGGAACAGGCGGAAUACAGGCGAGAGGGCAAAGCAGGCGUGGAAACUGGGAUAAUACACCGUGUGUGUGUGUGUAUAUAUAUAUAUAUAUAUAUUAAAAAAACACACACAGACGUUAACUGACGAAUGGUCGCGGAUGAAGCAUGGCGGUCAAUUUCGGAAAAGUCCAAAUCGGGAUUUACGUCGAAAUCAAGCGCAGCGAUGGACGAAUACAUCAAGCUAUGGUUACAUCAUUAAAUGAAGACAAUGAAAGUGUUACUGUUGAAUGGAUUGAAAAUGGAGAUACAAAAGGGAAAGAGAUUGACCUUGAGAGCAUAUUUGCACUUAAUCCAGACCUCGCACCAGAAGAAGAAAUUGAGCAGAGCCCAGAAACCCCUCCACCUCCAACACCUUCAAUCAAAACAAACAAGAUAGCUAAGAAUCGCCGAACUGUGGUUCCCAAGAAUGAAACUCCUGCCAAAGACAACAGAGUUGCAUCUACACGAUCAAGACCCAGUCAACUUCCAGAGCACUCUUCUGCCGCUCAUCAGAAUGGUAGCACUUCAGACAUCUCUCCAGCUCAAUCUGGAAAAAAGGAUUUUGCGCCACCAAGUAAGGACAAUGCCCGCCGAAAAUCUAAUUGUGUGAAAGAAGUUGAAAAACUACAAGAAAAACGUGAAAAACGAAGAUUGCAACAGCAAGAAAUGAGAGAAAAAAGAGCUCAGGAUGUAGAUUCUACAAAUCCAAACUGGGAAAUCAUGUGUAUGAUAAAAGAUUUUAGAGCAAGUCUUGACUACAGACCUCUUACGGCUGCUGAUCCAAUUGAUGAACAAAGGAUAUGUGUAUGUGUAAGAAAACGACCACUAAACAAGAAAGCAAUUGUGACUCUCAGAGCAAUAAGACGUAGUUGGAGGAGAUACCAUGAAAAGAGGAACCAGAAGGGAGGCUUGAAGCUAUCAGAAACUACAAUAAGGGAUCUUGAUGUAAUCACAAUUCCCAGUAAGGAUGUUGUAAUGGUUCAUGAACCAAAACAAAAAGUGGAUUUGACCAAAUACUUAGAAAAUCAAACCUUCCGCUUUGACUAUGCCUUUGAUGAAACAUCAACUAAUGAAAUGGUUUACAGGUUUACAGCUCGACCCCUGGUGGAGACGAUAUUUGAGAGAGGAAUGGCAACUUGCUUUGCAUAUGGUCAGACUGGUAGUGGAAAAACGCAUACUAUGGGCGGUGACUUCACAGGAAAAAAUCAAGACUGUUCCAAAGGAGUAUAUGCUUUAGCAGCUCGAGAUGUUUUUCUAAUGUUAAAGAAGCAAAAUUACAGAAAAUUAGAGCUCCAAGUAUAUGCAACAUUUUUUGAGAUUUACAGUGGUAAGGUAUUUGACUUGCUGAACAGAAAAAGUAAACUAAGAGUAUUGGAGGAUGGAAAGCAGCAGGUUCAAGUGGUGGGACUUUCAGAACGAGAGGUUAAGUGUACAGAAGAUGUUUUGAAACUAAUUGAAGCCGGCAAUAGCUGCAGAACAUCUGGUCAAACAUCUGCAAAUGCUCACUCUUCUCGAAGCCAUGCAGUGUUCCAGAUUAUUCUUCGCAAGAAAGGAAAAAUGCAUGGCAAGUUUUCUUUAAUUGAUCUGGCAGGAAAUGAGAGGGGUGCAGAUACGUCGAGUGCAGAUCGACAGACACGGCUGGAAGGUGCUGAGAUUAAUAAAAGCCUUUUAGCACUCAAGGAAUGUAUCAGAGCCUUAGGUCGAAAUAAACCUCACACUCCAUUCCGAGCAAGUAAACUGACUCAGGUGCUCAGAGAUUCUUUCAUUGGAGAAAACUCCAGAACCUGUAUGAUUGCCACUAUCUCCCCAGGAAUGAGUUCCUGUGAGAACACACUAAAUACACUUAGAUAUGCGAACAGAGUUAAAGAGCUGACUGUGGAUCAAAAUGGUUCAGGAGAUGGACGAGCUAAUAUUCUUGUGCCGAGUCAGCUUGAUGCUCUGGAAGCGCAGUGGGGAUUAGGAAGCUCUCCUCAGCGAGAUGACCUUAAACUGCUCUGUGAACAAAAUGAAGAGGAGGUUUCACCUCAACUGUUCACUUUCCAUGAAGCUGUGUCUCAGAUGGUAGAAAUGGAAGAACAGGUGGUGGAAGAUCACAGGGCAAUUUUCCAGGAAUCAAUUCGAUGGUUAGCGGAUGAAAAAGUACUUUUGGAAAUGACCGAGGAAGUGGAUUAUGAUGUGGAUGCAUACUCCACACAGUUGGAGUCUAUUCUAGAUCAGAAGAUUGAAAUUCUAGCAGAACUACGAGGCAGAAUCAGAAUGCUAAAAAGAAGCAGAAAAAGCAGAGAAGGAAGCAAAAUGUUAGAACAGCUAUCCAGCGAAGACAGAAUCAAAGAGCUAAAGAAAGAACAAGAAAUCUUAGGAAUAAGCAGAGAAGUCUUAGAACAAAAAAUCUUAGAACGACUGAACAGUAGAGACAGAAUCAAAGAGCUAAAGAAAAAGCAAGAGAUUUUAGGAAAAGGCAGAGAAGCCUUAGAAAGAAAAAUCUUAGAACGACUGACUAGUCCAGAUAAAGUGAAAGCCUUCCGUUCAGCUCUUCAGGAAGAAGAGCAUGCUAGUAAGCAGAUAAAUCCCAAACGACCACGGGCUAUUUGAUUUUCAGAUACAUGCUGAGGAAUAACUGAUUCACUAAAUCCUUAUCACUGAAACUCUACUAAUGUCAAGCUAUCGUUAGCAGAACUCAAUCACUGGAAUGCUAAAAACUCUUGGAACUACAUCAACUUCCUAUUACUUUACUUGAAUAACUUUCUUCUGGACAACACACUCCCAUGGUAUUGCAACUAAACAAAUGCUUCUAAUCCAACAGCACAAAUUCACAGGGUUAGGACUUCAUGAAGUACUUUAUUUGAAACCUUUCUGGUUUACCGAGAAGCUUUUGUCAGAAAAUCCUUGCCAACUUUUUUUUAAUGUAUCAAAAAUACUGUGGAAACAAUGCUUUUAGAUACUCUGUAUUUUUUUAUUUUUUAAUUGAUGUGGUUAUGUUUUGUUGCCAUAGUUGGCUGUACAGUUUUCAAGUGUUCGCAUGCAUGACUCAUGAGUGGUGUAAAGUACCUUUCCAAUAGAUCUGACUGAACUCAUUCUUUUCUUUGUGCCUUCCAAGAAUCUAAAAUCUUCAAACUGACAGAUGUCCCAACCAACCACAGGCACAACCAUUACUUUAAUAAAAUGCAUUCCUCGUUUUCUGUGUGAAUUAGUUAUUGUACUGUAUAAUUUUGUUUUGAUUGUAAUUUUGAGCCAUCCUUUAUCUAGUUUAUUACAUUAUUUCACAAAAUGUGCCAUAUCAUUAUUGUGUUUAAAUGACAAUUGGUCUUAAUGUUAUGGUACAUGGUACAGUUUGACAUUCCACACAUACAUAAUUUAUCAACAAAGUCUUUGUUAGUAUAGCUUUUUUACAAUCCACAUGGAUUUCUUCUUUUGAUUACUGUAAAAUGCUUUCUACCAUCUCAUUUUAAUGUAUGUAGAGUGAGUGUAUUAAAAAAUAAAAUUAACUUGGAACAGGCUGUAUUUCAAAUGGAAGGUCAGUACAUGCACUUAAAUGUUAAGGUUAAAUUAAAAUUAGAGUGAGAUUCAAUUGGAAAAGUUUCAUAUUAAAGUUAUAAUGUGAGUGACUUACAUUUUCCAUAUGUAAAAGCUCAAAAGAAAAUGGUGACAGUGACUUUUAAUACAAACUGCUGCUUUUGGAGCAAUGGUUAGUGCAUAGAAAACUUGCAAAUUGAGUGAACUGUUUACAGUGUUAAUGUUUCACACUGUUCAAAUAAGCAGGGAUUGAGGUCACUGUGGACAACAAAAGUUAAAGAGCAUUGUUUAAGAAUUGCAGACUGCUGUCAUACCUUUUUAGAUUCCUUUAACGGAUUUCUGUUGAGAAUCUCUUCCUCCAGUAUCCUUGACUUCAAAUUUUCUCACUGAAAGUUCAUUUCAAAUUUGUAUUUAAAAUUUAGUAUUAAAAUAACAUGAUGUAAACCAUUACAUCAGUAGUGUGGUUUUAACAUUUUCAGCUAGACAAAAGCAAGCAGUGUGAAAAGUUGAUCAUUUUCAUGUAAUCUCAUUUUUAAUCAUUUGUUCAUGUCCCAUCUGUACAUUGACGAUGCAUAUUUUUUUCUCCAUUUUGCCAGUUGACCUCCUGCAAACAUCAGUAAAAUGUUUUUGAAUGUGAACAAUUAAGUUUAAUGCAGCAUUCUUCCAACUACUGUAAAGAUGUGUGUAUUUAAUGUCUUGACUAGUACAUUGAGGUCUGCACACAAUUCAUACGUGGAUCACAUUGUCGGUUGGAUUACAACUAGAGAGAUUGAUAAACUUUUGGAGGGUUUUUGAUUGAAUAAGUGUGAAGUCAACGAAUUGUGGGCAUUCCGAAAACGUAUAUUAGCUGUUUUAGUUUUUGGUGUGAGUAGGGGAUAAGAUUACUUAAUAUUAACUGAGGACCGUUAAUGACAGCUUAGGGUACAUAAUGUCAACCAGUCAUUUAUGGCAAAAAAUCUGGAAUAUUUGAAAUCCACGUUACAGAAUCAAUGGAAUAGGGAUUGUGUGUCAAAUUUCAAUUUGAACACAUUUUGUGAUGUUUUUCUCAAGAUUUUCUCAUAGUUUCUAAGUAGCUUUUUGUAAAAUACCAAAAACAUAAUUAAAGGAAGCUAGAAACCGAUGCAUGAGUUUUGAAAUAUUAUUUGUAAUAAUUCAUGUUUGUGAAACAAUUUAUACGGUAAUGUAAUAUUCCUAUUCAGAACUGCAUUGGUUUAAACAUCAUUAUUUGUUCCAGAUAUAGAAUCAUGAAUGUAGAAAGUCAAUCCAAGUAGUUAAAUUUGUCUUAGUGAUGAUUGCCUUUUCUUCUGCAUUAAAAUUAUGCUGAAUGUUU